GAUACUUUAAAAGCAAGGGCCACACUAAAGUCUAGUGACUUAAAUGAUUUCUACAAUGGACUAAAAACGAGCUUGAAAAAAGAAAAAGAAGACUCGACUAUAAACGGAGGACUCUCUCUCUCUCUAGAUGUCUCACACACAACAAGCUGCAAAUUCCUUUAUUUAAACCAGCAAUUACACAAUAUAAGAGCUUCACCGACCAUACACUUAUUACUGCUAAUCUCCAAAAUUUGUUUACUUGUAAAUUUAGAUUGGCUUCAUGGAUGCCAAAAACCCAUCUUCUUCCUCUUCUUCUAGUCGUAAGUGGAAAUACGAUGUCUUUUUAAGUUUCAGAGGUGAGGAUACUCGUAAGAAUUUUACAGAUCAUCUAUACGCUACCUUGAAACAGAAGGGCAUCAUCACCUUCAGGGAUGAUAAAAAUCUCAAAAGAGGAGAAUCUAUUUCACCUGAGCUUUUAAAAGCAAUAGAAGAAUCAAUGUUUGCCAUUGUUAUUCUCUCUAAAAACUAUGCAUCCUCAACAUGGUGUUUGGAUGAACUUGUGAAGAUCAUGGAGUGUAGAAAAAAGAUGGAUCAAACAGUCUUGCCCAUUUUUUACUAUGUGAAUCCAUCUGAGGUGCGAAAACAGGCAGGAACUUAUGCACAAGCUUUUGAUGAAUAUGAAAAACGUUUCAAAGAUAAUAUGGAUAAAGUUCACACAUGGAGAGCUACUUUGACAGAAGUGGCCAAUCUUUCUGGAUUUCCUUUACAAGAUAGGCAUGAGUCAGAAUUUAUCCAAGAUAUUGUGAAAGAGAUAUUUCCCAAAUUAAGUGACACAUUUCCAAGAGAUAAUAGUGAUUUAGUAGGAAUAGAUUCUCAAGUGGAGGAAUUGAUGUCGCUUUUGGCUAUAGGAUUGAAUGAUGUUCGCAUCAUAGGGGUUUGGGGGAUGGGAGGAAUUGGUAAGACAACUCUUGCUAGAGCUGUCUAUGAUACAAUUUUUAGAGAUUUUGAAGGUCAUAGUUUUAUCACUAAUGUUAGAGAAGAAUCAAAGAAAUAUGGUUUACAUUCAUCACAAAAAAGACUUAUUCAUGAUGUUUUGGGGGAGACAAGUAUGAAUAUACUAGAUGUUGAUAAAGGAGUUCUUUUGAUCAAGCGUAUCAUGUGCCAUAAAAGGAUUCUUCUUGUUCUUGAUGAUGUAAAUCAAUUGAACCAGUUAGAAAAAUUAGCUGGGAAGCAUAAUUGGUUUGGUCCAGGUAGUAGAGUUAUUAUCACAACAAGAGAUGAGUCUUUGUUGAAAAGACAUAACGUAUUUGAAAUAUAUGAGGUUAAAGAAUUGAAUAAAGAUGAUGCUCUUCAUCUUUUUAAGUUGAAAGCUUUUAAGAGUGAUUGUCCUGCCAAAGGUUAUCUAAAGUUGUCUAAGCAGUUUGUAAAUUAUGCAAAAGGCCUUCCAUUAGCUAUUGAGGUUUUGGGUUCUUUUUUGUUUAAAAGAAGUAAGAAGGAAUGGAAAAGUGCAUUAAACAGGCUCAACGAAUUUCCUGAUCAAGAUGUUAUCGAAAUACUUCAAAUAAGUUUUGAUGGACUUCAUGAAACAGAAAAGGAAAUCUUUCUACAUAUUGCAUGUUUCUUUAAUAUGAAGGAAAAAUAUUAUGUGGAAAAAAUACUAGAUUGUCUUGGCCUUUACCCUGGAAUUGGUUUAAGGGUUCUCAUUGAAAAGUCACUUAUAAAAGAACUUAAAAAUGAAUAUAGGAUGCAUGAACUACUACAAACGAUGGGUCAACGCAUAGUUCGUAAAGAUCAUCCUCAAGAACCUGCGACCUGGAGCAGAUUAUGGAUACACAAGGACAUUCAUAACGUAUUGGUGGAAAAUUCGGGAACAAGAGCAAAUCAAAGCCUAGUCUUAGAGUUUCCUAAAGCUAAAAAACUACGUAAAUACGACAAGGGACUUUGGAACCUAGAAGCCUUUUCAAAGAUGCCUAACCUUAAAUUGCUUAUAAUUCAUGGUGUUCAACUUCUGCAUGGCCCAAACCAUCUUUCUAAUAACUUAAGACUUCUUGAUUGGGCUUGGUAUCCUUCAAAAUCUUUGCCACCAGAUUUUCAACCAAAUGAGCUUGUUGAACUUCACUUGUUGCAUAGCAAAAUUGAACAGCUUUGGAAAGGGACAAAGAGUGUAUAUUUUGGCUUUGAACAGUACCUGGACAACUUGAAGUUCAUCAAAUUGAACAAUUCCUUAGACCUCAUUGCAACCCCAGACUUCACUGGAGUUCCCAAUCUUGAGAAAUUUAUUUUUAAUGGUUGUGUAAAUUUACAUGAAGUUCACCCAUCUAUCAUGGUUCUUAAAAGGCUUACUCUUCUUGGUCUAGAAAACUGCAAAAGCCUUAAAAGUCUUCCAAGCAAGUUUGAAAUGGACUCUCUUGAAAUUCUCAUUCUUUCUGGUUGCUCAAAAAUCAAGAGAAUUCCAGAAUUUAUGGGAAAUAUGGAACGCUUAUCAAAACUUCACUUAGAUGGCACUGCUAUUACGAAACUUCCCUCCUCAAUUGAACAUUUGACAAACCUUGUUUCAUUGCAUUUAAGAGAUUGCAAGAACCUUGUGUGUCUUCCUAGUAUCAUCUGUAGCUUCAAGUCACUUAAACAUAUUAAUUUGUCUGGAUGCUCGAAGCUUGAUAGUCUACCGGAGAAGCUAUGGAAUAUUGAAAGUCUAGAGGAGCUCAGUGUAAGCGGAAUCGCUUUAAGAGAGUUGCCUUUCUCUAGUGUUACCUUAAAGAAUCUUAAAGAACUAUCUUUUCGGGGAUGUAAAGGGCCACCACCUAAACUAUGGAAUAAGUUUUUUCCCUUUAAUUUAAUGUUGAGAAUAAGCCUAAAUCCUGUGAACUUGUUAUUGCCUUCCCUUUUGGGUAUGUGUUCUUUAACGAAAUUGGACCUAAGUGACUGUAAUCUCCAAACAAUCCCUAAUGAUUUUGGAAACUUAUCCUCUAUAAACCAUUUAGAUCUAAGUGAAAAUCACUUUAGUUGCCUUCCUGAAAGUCUUGUGCAACUAUCUAAAUUGUCGGCAAUUAAUUUACGCAAUUGCACAGGACUUCGUUUGUUGCCACAGUUGCCAUCAACGACUUAUCGGGUUACAGCAGAUGGUUGUACCUCAUUGGAAACAUUUCCAAAUAGAUUAACACCACACGUUUUCUGCCGUACACAUUUUUCCUUCUUCAAUUGCUUCAAAUUGGCUGAUAGUCAUGGUCGGAGUGACAUGUUCUUUAAUGUGCUGAGAAUGCUAUUAACAUUUCAUCAGGAACUCCGCAAGCAAUCUAUAUAUUUUGGUUACUUUAAUAUUGUGAUUCCUGGAAGUGAAAUUCCAACAUGGUUUAGCCAUCAGAGUGUGGGAAAUAUAGUUAAGGCACAAGUUACUCAUCCCAACAAAAAUCUGCAGUCUGUUUUGAGUAAUAAGUGGAUUGGAUUGGCUGUGUGUACUGAAUUGUCAUGCCCCAAUAUUUAUCUUUCUAAUAAUGGCCAUUUUUUGACAUGUCGCGUUUUUAUCAAUAACUAUGAAGGUUCAAGCUUUUAUGUAGCCAUUAGUACUAGAUUGGUUCAGAUUAAAUCAAGUCACCUUUGGAUGUCCUAUAGACCCUCUCAAAUGUUUACUAAGAAUAAUAGAGCAGUAUUGAGUCGAAUUAAUGAGAAUGGAUUCAUAAAGAUGGAGGUUAAAUUUUCAUUUCAAUAUGAUUUUAGCCACUGCCGGGAGAUUAAGAAAUGUGGGUUUCGUCUAGUAUACGAGAAAGACCUUGAAGAUAUAAGAGAAAUGAUGGCACAAUCCAGCAACAACACUUGUAGCACUCCUUAUCAGGGUUUGGAUGUUGGUCUUGAUUUUGAAAAUGCAACAGAAGGUAUCAAAAUGAAGCGAAGCCGCGAUGAAUAUGAUGGGGCUGGACCUAGCGGUGAAGGCAGCUCUAACGAUGUCCCACACUCAAAGAGGAUUGAAAGAUAGAGAAUGCAUGGGCUCAUGCUAACUCUAAUUGUAAGGAUUCUAAUGAAGGACCUGGUGCAUGGAACUGUAUAAGGAUGAAAUGCCUCAAGGUUGAAUGGUGAAGAUCAUCAUCUGGUUUCCCAAAGUAAUUCUAAAACAUGUGUUUAUAGGCUGACUAAAGGGUUCACAACAGAUUGUCGAUAAAAGAUUGAAUGUUUUAGUGAUAUGCUAAUCUUGAUGCUCAGUGUGUUGUUUGUAAAAGAAGAAUUAAAAGUAUGGACCACUUAUUUUGUGAUUGUUCUUUCUCAAUGAGGAUAUCGUGAACCAUAAUGAGAAGGUGCCUAAAACCCAAAGUUCUGUUGGCUGAGUAUGUCCUACGAUGAGAAAUCACUUAUGUCUAGAUUGGCAUACUGUGUAUCAUAUUUGGCUUCAGAGGAAUGCUAGUAUUCAUCAAGGAAGACUAUUUUCUGAAGAGGCUAGGUCAAAAUGAUCAGGUGGGAAGUGAAGAACAGAGUUGAAUGUAGCAGUUGCUGCAAUUCUGUUCAAAGCAGGAGAAUUUGCUGUCUUUGGGGGUAUACCCUGUUCUGUACUUCAGAGUAGUAGCAGUUAGUGGUCCUUGUCUCCUUAAACUAACAGAUUUGGAAAUUUCAUUUUAUAAUGUUUAUGGUGUAAUGUAGGUUGUUUCUGUAUUGAGACAUUUAUGUGGGUAAUUGUAUGAGGCUUCACUCAUUGCCAUAACUUCCAUUGAGCACUUCACAAGGGUGUAGAUGUAGAUGCUCAACAUGAUUUUCACAAUUCAACAGAAAGUAGCAAAAUUGAGAAAAGCCUGAUGAAUACAAUGGGGCUAGACCUAGUGGUGAAGGCAGCUCUAAUGAUGUACCACACUCAAGGAGGAUUCAAUUAUAUACAAAGGAUGUACAGCUCAUGGUUGCUCUAACUAUGGUAACUCUGAUUGCAAGGAUUCUAAUUAAGGUGGUUCAGGACUAGUAAGUCACCAUGUUUCAUUCUAUUACAAGUAUUGUUGGUUACUUUUUUAUUUUUCCUUUUCUUUGGCAUAUAUAUACUUGUAUUUUUCAAUUUUAAAUUCAGAAAUUGCGUUUAUUGCAGCCCCUGAUUUAAUCUCUAGCCUUCUUUCUUUGACUUGGUCCACAACGGUAACAAAGCAUACCCCCCUCUCUCUCUCUAUCUCUCCCUCCCUUUCUGUUCUUCUAUGAUGUCUCUUCUUUGAGCUCAUCUUUUCUUUGUUGAGUAUGUCGGCCUCAGUCACUCAACAGCUGCACUCACCAGUGGUUUCUCACUCUUCGCUCUCACCCACAGUCAGCGACUCCUCAAGAAUUCGUAAGCAGUAUUGUCUCUGAAAGGUACAUCGUAAGUGUUUUUCUUUUAUUGGUCUCAUGCCAAAAUGCACCAUUGUUGUCCCUUUUAUUUAUUAGAAUGAUAUUUCUGUGUAAAUGUGUUUGAUGUAAUGUGAUGAAGACAUAUAAGUUAAAAUACAAUACACUAUAUCAUCAAUAGAGUAGACCAUGGUCCACGGUUUUAUAGCUACCAUGAUUUUAAGUUUUCCAUAAUGGGCAUAAUGUAUUCCCUAUUUAUACCAUUCAUUGGAUCCAUUGUAGCAUACAAUUUUACAUAAUAAAGGUGUAGCAAGUAAAACAACUUCUGUUUUAACAUAUUAUAACAAUAUAUGUAAAUGUUGGUUUGAAUUGAUAGGCUUAAAUCGUGCAAUUCUGUUCUUGACAGAUUGCCUACAAGGUGCUCAUGAAUGAGCUCCAUUGUAAUUUAAAAAAAAAAAAUGAAAUUUGGCUUAUUUAUUUAAGCUUUCUCUGUUGGGUUUACUUUCUUCUUUUAUUAAAUGGUUUUUUUUUUUUGGUUGAAAUUGUCUUUUAUUUUUAUUCUGCUUAGCUUUUGUGCAAAUUGAUUUGGAAACAGACCCAUUUUCUUCAGUUUUUGGUUUUGCUAUGAAUAUUGGUUGGAUUUCUUCCACAUUUAUUUUAUUUGGACUUUUCUCCAUAAUUUUUCAUCUUUAUAUUCCUUCAGGUUUUGCUGGAUUUCAUUUAAUUUGUCUAAUUGUUUAAGCACUUGGCUUAAUUUAGGUUAGUUUGGAACCUUGGACAAAUGGAAAGACAAAUGCUAUAUUGCCUAAAAAAAUUGGUCCUGCUACAUUUUUAAUCCAAAUGUAUAACUGCCCCACUGCAUUUUAUAUCUAUUUACCAUAACGAAUCAGUAAACAGAUAAAUACAAAAAUAAAUAAAUUAGAAACUCUCAUUCAGAUGAUGGCAGGUUCAUGCAUUUUGAAAGGUUCUUGAGGCUUUCACAAUAAUUUUGUAUGUUAUAGUAGCCUCUAAUUGCCACAAAAUUUGAAGCAUUUAGAUGGUACUUGCAGCUUUUACUGGGCAGCUAUGGUAUUGCUAGAGGCACUUUCUCUGAUAUUAUGUCCCAAGAUUGCUUGUUUAACAUACAGAGUAAGCUUAGUCUAGUUGAGAUUGGGAAGUGAAGAUGUGCUAAUUUGGAUGACUAUGAAAACAAUGACAUAUUCUUGUGCAGGUGCAUGAAACUGUAUUAGGAAGAAAUUCCCCAAGUUUAAAUCGUGAAGAUCAUCAUCUGGUUUCCCAAAGUAAUUCCAAAGCAUGCGUUUAUAGGCUGGCUAAGGCUAAUGGUUCACAACAGAAUGUCCACAGGAGAUUGAAUGUGUAGUGAUGGUGUGCUAAUCUUGAUUCUCAAUGUGUUGUUUGUAAAAAGAUAAUUGAAAGUAGGGAUCACUUGUUUUGUGAUUGUUCAUUCUCGAUGAAUAUAUGGUGAACCAUAAUGAG